AUGGAACUCGCUUGCACACGGAGGCGCUUCAGCUCGCUUCUGGGGAGCUCCACAGAGCCGUCGCGCAUUCGACUGCUCCACAGGCAGAUGGUGGCGAGCGGGCUUGGCGAUGACACAUAUCUCAUCAACUUGGUGAUGAAGAUGUACAGUAGGUGUCGCUGCCUCGACGAGGUUGAGCGUGUCUUCUGUUGCAUGGCCGGACCCAACGUGUUCUCGUGGACCAUUGUGCUCGAGGCAUAUGUCCGUAAUGGGCAUAUGGAGAAAGCUAGAGUUCUGUUUGAUCGGAUGCCGGCCAGAAACGUCGUCUCUUGGACAGUUAUGAUCCACUCCUACUCAAAACGAGGUAACGUUUAUGAGGCUCAAGCCCUGUUUGAUUUAAUGCCGGAGCGCAACACUGUGACAUGGAACGCUUUGCUUGCGGCGUAUGCCUCAAACAGGCAUCUACACGCUGCAAAGCACACGUAUGACUCGAUGCCGGAAAAGGAUCUUGCGUCUUGGACCACCAUGCUGCGUGCUUUUGCAAGCGCGGGGCACGUAGAAAAUGCGGCAUGCGUGUUUUCUUCUAUGUCCCAGUGCGAUGUCGUGGCAUGGACGGCUAUGGUUUACACUUAUGCCGCUUCUGGGCAUUUGGAAGCGGCAAUGACCACCUUUGAGAAGAUGCCCGAGUCGACGUUGGUAACAUGGAACGUUCUCCUCGUUGCAUAUUGCCGCAAUGGCGACUUGAAGGGCGUAAAGCUGGUGUUCGACUCAAUGCCGGAGCGAGAUUUGGUGUCCUGGACCGGAUUGCUCCAAAUCAAUUGCCAGUACGGAAACGUCGAGUUUGUAAAACAAGUGUUUGAUUCCAUGCCCGAGCGUGAUACAGUUUCCUGGAACAUCAUGGGAGCGGCACAGUCGCAACGCCGCAGCUACACGCAAUCGAUCCAGCUGCUUCGCACCAUGACAAUGGAAGGGGCGGACGUGAGCCAGAGGUCAGUGUUGAGUGUUCUAGCUGCUAGCAACGAUGUUGGUCUUCUUGAACAAGCCCGGCAUUUGUUCCUGCUCAUGGCGGGCGACCAUGGAAUAGCUCCUGCAAUGGAGCACUUCUGCUCCGUGGUGUGCCUCUUGGGGCGAGCUGGACGUGUAGAGAUGGCACAGGAGCUCCUUGACACCAUGCCAUUCAUUCCUGACUCCGUUGCUUGGGCUGCAUUGUUUGCUGCUCAUCGAAUCCAUUCAAGCUCUUUCCUUGGGCAUUGA